AUGGCCUCCGAGGAGGUUGAGCUGGACAUAUUGUCCUUGACAAGGACCCUGGAACAGCUCAAUGGAGAAGUCCACGGAUCGCGUGUCGGAGUGCUCGAUGCGAUUCGAUCCCGAGGGGCAGAGUUUUCGGCGGCUUCUGGCCAUGUCGGCGAAUUGCAGCGGCGAGUUGCGGACUUGAAGGAGGAUCUUGGGAUUGCGAUAUCCGCCGACCCGGCUGCUCCGGUUGCACCAGUCCUGGCCUUGCAAGCCUGCGAUGUGCAGCAGGCCUCGGAGAGGCAUUCACACCUCAAGGCCCAGCUUUCAGAACUCGAUGAGGGCGUUGGGAUCCUUACGGUUCUCCUGGAGGUACGAAGAAUUCUUGCUCGAGUGGCAGACGACCUGUCAGGAGACAGGUUCACUCCGGCCGCCGAGAGCCUGCAAAAUGUUGCCGCAUCUUUGGCAGAGAUCUCUGCGCCGACGGGCAUAGAGGAGCCCGACAUGAUCCGGUCUGCAAAGUCUGAGUACUCCAGACUGCGAGCAAGCUUGGUGGCUGCUCUCGAUGCUGGAUUCCAGAAGCUGGUCUUCUCUGGAACAGACGGAAGCAACGCAAGCGCUGAGCGAUUGCAGGAGGUUUGGAGUCUGUACCAGCUUCUAGGCUUGAGGGCCCGGCGACUGGACUGGCUUUCUUCUGAGAUUCGCCGAAGGCUUCUGGGCCCGCUGCUGGCCGCGGGAGCGAUGCUCGGGCCGGGCCGGCGGUUGCUUUGGAAGGAAAGCGCCCACCUGGGCGUCUCCGGCUUCAGCUGGGAGGAGGUCCCCGACGCGUCGCCGCCGAAAGGACCGCCAGCGAAGGCAGCGCCGAAGCCCCCGGCCGCGGCGGUGCUGCAGCCGCUGCUGGAGCUCUUCCUCAAAGCGGAGCGCUGGGCGGGUCAACUCCCGGAGGUCUACGCUGCCUUGGGCUCUCGGCUCUACGCCCACGCCGCGCGUCAGCUUCUGAGCCAAUUCGAGGUUUACGACGACGGGGGUCGGGCCAUCGAGGAGUUCGAGACUCGUCUCCAGUCGCGAGGUUUCAUCCGCGCUUCCGAGAGUCCACUGCAAAUGCAUGUUCGUCAACUGAGUUUUGCGAAGGACGAGGCGCGCAGGGCUUCCAUCCUCGUCCAGGCCAAGGCCUGGCUUCAGGCCGAGUCCGCUGACUUGGUCAGCGUGGAUGCUUUCCACGAGGUGACCGAGCUGCAGUCGGCGGAGGUCCCAAGGCCGCCGGAGCAGAGUCUCCCGACGAAGGUCUCGUCGGUGCUUCUGCGAUUGGUCAGGUGCAUCUUGAGCUCCGUGAAGGCCGCCUGGGACGGACAACAGGAAGCGAAAGAGACCCUGGAGCUCGUUCGACGACUGUGCAUGCUCUUCGCAUUGGUGAGGCCGCAUGUGCACCAACUCAAAGUGGAUGCGAAGCUUUGUUCAGUCUUUCUGGCCGAUGUCCUGUGCUUGGUGAACAUUCUGAUCUGGCUACCCUACAGAUGGCCCACGCCUCAUCCAGCCGAGUUGGUGACUCUCGACUUGGUGCCCCAGCUUCGGCAGCUGGGGGAGCUGCAUUUCACUGGCAUGCUGCGAUACCAGAAGGACCAGCUCCUCUCCGCCUUGUUGCCGUGCAAUUUGGGCCGGGGUGCCGCAGAGGAUUCUGCCUACGUCGCCACAGAGGCCGCCCUGGGCGCAGCCGCGCAGCAGCUAAAGGUUUUCUGCAGCGGCGUUUGUGGAGUACUCCCUGCCCAAGUGCUCCGAGAGAGCGUCCUGCUGCUCCUCGGCUUUUUCUGCAAGGAGCUCGUGCGAAGGCACCUGGAGGCUGCCAACGAACCGCUGUCAAAGCCGCCAAAGGUGGAUCUAGCAGCUGGUGUUGGGCGAGUUGUCGGCGUUGGUGGCCGUUUAUUGGAGACCUUCGCGGGAGCUGCAGGCGUGGGUGGGGGCCGUGGGGGCACUGGCUCAGACGAUUUCCGAGAAGUGCUGGCUGGGCUGAAAGAUCCACGAGUCCCGGACCCGAGUCCUCAGAUGGAAACCUGGGUCCUGGACGGAGAGGACGUGUCAAGCGUGAUUGCGCUGCUGACAUCUGCACAAGCCAUGGUGCGCCAAAGCCUUCAAGCAGCAAAUCUUGCAGCUGUGGAGGACGAGGUCCCAGGCUACUCCGAGCUUCAACUGGUAGCUGACUUGCUGGGCUCCGACUUCUCUCGGUUCCUCCAAGGGCGCAAGAAGAUCCUGAAAAUCAUGCAGCGGGACGAGGUGAUCCGGCUAAUGAAGUUGAGCUGGCAGGACGAGGCGCUGACGGCGGAGGAGGCUUGGCGCGUCCUGACGGCCGGCUGA